ACCCGAUUUCACGAUGGCGGCGGCUUUAGAGCAAUUUGUGAAUAAUGUCAGAAAUUUGUCGGCCCAAGGAAACUUCAGCCAACUAUGCGAGUUUAUCAACAAGAGCAUGGACAUUCUUGCGAAGCAUGCUUCACACCUCGACAAUGUACUAGCAACCCUAGACCUGCAGCAGCACUCACUCGGGGUCCUUGCUAUCUUAGUUGUCAAGUAUGAACUACAGAACAUACCAGACUUUGAAGGGCUGUUUGCAUUGACUCAAGAGUUCAUACUUGGUUGUAAUGGCGAGCAAGUAAGAUUUGCAACAGACUCGUAUUCAGAGCUGUGUCACCAAAUGACCCGUCAGCUCGUGGAAAGGAAGCAGCCGAUUCGAGGCAUCUCACUAGUGAGCAGUGCUAUUCAGAAGAUUCAGCUUUACCCGUCACAGCUGACAUCGAUCCAUGCUGAUCUCUGCCAGCUCUGCUUGGUCGCAAAGUGCUUCAAGCCAGCGUUGGAUUUUCUGGAUGCAGACAUCACAGACAUCAGUAAGGAGAACAGCGCGUACGACGUGAAACAUUUCCUCGCCUACUACUACUACGGCGGCAUGAUCUACACGGGCCUGAAGAACUACGACAGAGCCCUCUAUUUCUUCGAAAUCACUUCGACGUAA